AUGGAAGCUUUGCAGCUUGAGGCGCGUGCCAAGGCAUUGAAAAUUCCUCAACCCAAGGCGGCUUCGACAAGGGGUUCGGCUCGCACUGCCUCGACAGCUGCGGCGAAGGCAAAGGCCAAGGCUGAAGCGGAUCCACCACCUGCAGAGCCAACCUCAGCAGCACCCAAGAAACGGGACCCUGCCAAGAAGAUCAUCUCGCUGGCUCGGACCAUGGAGGACGAGAGCCCAGGUAGUCUACGUGGCAUCAAGUUCUUGGGGGAGCUUGACUUGGGUCAUGCUGAAGCGAGAUUACAUCAACUUAUCUAUGACUGGAAGCUCACUGUGCCGGUACACAUUUCCCAAAUCAAACGUGGGCUAGUGACUGUCCCAAUGAUUCGGUGUACCACUUGGUUUGACUACAUCUUGAACAACAAGAGUGAAGUUCUGUGCGCUGGAUGUGACACACCUGAAUCGGCAGUGGUUCAAAGUCACCUGUCGAGCUUCUGGGGCGCCUACAAACUGGAGGACCCAAACCAUGAUGUUUAUAGAGUACAUGGUGGGCAUUUGCACCGCUGUGUGCCCUUUUACUUGUACUCUGACGAGGGGCGUGGAUACCGGAAGUCACCAGUGCAAGUGUUUGCCAUGGAAAGCGUGUUCGGCAUCCCAAAUGCCAAGGAUUACGAAAGGGUCACUUCCACGGGAGAUCUCUAUUAUUUGGAUUCCCAAGUCCAACCAUCAAGAGGGCAUUCCUUCAACAGCCGCUUUCUCUGCUGUGUCAUGCCACACCAAAUGUACAAAGGAAAAGUUGGCAAAGGUUUGUGGUGUGAUAUGGUGAGUGAGAUUGCUUCUGAUUGCUGCAAGCUUUUCCAUGAUGGUGUUGCAGUUCAUUUGAAGUCAGGCAACGGAGUUCAACAGUUCUAUGGUAUUUGCUUAGGCCACAAAGGGGACUUCCCUGCGCUGAUCAAAGCAGGUCACCUGCAGCGUUCGUUCCAAAAUUUGGGUGUCAACAAGGGCAUGUGCCCAUAUUGUGAUGCAGGACAGGCCAAUGUGCCCUGGGAGGAUGUUUCUCCUGAAGCUGCGUGGGUAUCGACCAUGUGGCGCACAGAGCCGUGGAGCAAUGAUAAUGUUUCACCAUUUCGGAUGGUGCCUUGUGACCAAAGCCGAGCGGCCAACUUCUACAAGAGCGACCCCUUUCACAUUUUCAAGAGUUGGUGCAAAGACCCAGCACCGAGCCCCCCCGCAGAGCCCGCCGAGCCCAGCGAGCCAGGGACGGCCACGGAGCCAAGCGCGAAGCGGUCCCGGGCGAGAAGCAGCAAGGCCAGCCAAGAACGGCUUCGGAUGGGAGAAAUCAACGCGAUGCACAACAAUGUGAUCCAAAAGCUUCGGAUCCAGGCGAGCCGUGACUACAAGACCACACCCACAGGGAUUGCUGCUUGGAAGUCGUGGAACCGGGAGUGUAAGCUCACCUGGCGCUUCUAUGACAGCGAUAAUGGCCUUCAAACAGAGGAGGUCACUGCAGUUGCUCCCACCAAGCCAAGAGCGAAGGCGAUGGCCCAUGAGCAGAUGCUCUUGCAGCAGAACCAAAUGCCCAAAGCCAGCGAGGCAGAGACAGAGGAGAUGCAGGAGAGCUCGGAUUCAACAAGGCGCAAGCCGGAGUGCGUGGAGUGCGGGAGCACCUGGAGCCUCUUCUUGCCCUCUGUGCUGCGCGCCGUGCUGGGAGAAGGCGAGAGAAAGCCCUGGCCGCGUUCCGCGGCGCGAGCGUUGAUGCAUGAGCUCUUGGACACCGCGCAGAGCCACAGCAGCGAGGGAGGUUUUCCAGUAGAUCUUUGGGAGUCCUUGCUCGAUGAGGCCAGCUUCGCUGUGCGACACUACUUCAUGGCGCUGCCAGCCUUGCGACAGAUAGCGGGUUUUUCUCUCAAUGAUGCCUUUCCUGGACCUCAGGAGAAGGACCGGUCAAACCUGGGCACAGCCACGGCAUCCGGGGACUUGGCCACGGAGUACUUCCAGCGCUUCCGGAAUCUCUUGGCAUUGGAGCGACACGGAGGGCAACUUGGAUUGCAGAGGGCGGACCGACUGCAGGCAGAUAGGCUCAUGUCGGGCAUCCAAACCUACGAGUUGGAUCCCAAAGCUGCCUGCAGCGUCCCCACCCUGGAGGUCCACCUCUGCGAGGCGGUCUCUACCGCAGCUUCCGCGUCGAUCUCGGGUAACAUCUUGGAGCUGGUGGAGGUGGGCGUGGGACAGAGUGGGGGAACAAGCAGACGCAUCGUGAAAUCAGAGCUGCAAGCGGAUUGGGGCGCGCGUCCGCUCCGCGCGAGUGACCUGGUGUUGCUGGUGCCCAGUGAGGCGGCGGAGGAGGUCGAGAUGGGGAACAGUACGGGCUGGCAACAUCCGGAAGCCUGGCUUGCGAGCGUGAGCUCCAUUACUGGCAACCCACGCAUGGGCGAGGAGGCCCACAUCCGGGCAUGGUGGGAACCUAGCCGCUUCAAAGGGGAGGUGCGGCUGAAUGUGCGGCGGAUCUCCGACUUUGCUGCGGACGUGGAGCUCAAGGAGGGGGGCCAGAGGCUCUCACCGAUCACUGUCGGUCGGAAUUUCAAGCUCUUCUUCUUAGCGAUGGAAACUCCCAUGGAUCGACAGCUCACAGCUUUGAGAUGUUUGACUCGCGUGAAGUUGCCGGCUUGGAGUGAGAACUACGAGAGUAAGCCCAGCUAUCAGUAUUUGGAUGAUGUUCAAAAGCUGCUGGUGGCUGGCCCAGAGGAAGCUGUGCAAAAGGCCACUGCAGCUGCCAGGGGUGGACUCACGCGAGAGCUCGCGGAGAACAACUUGGAGAUGCUCGGACCAGCAUGUCUACAGAGGUUGAACAGCCGAGAGCUGGCCUUGAACUCUGGUCAGGUGAUGAGGCUGGCAAGGGAUUACUCGCUGAUUGCCGCGCUCACCCCCUCGCAAAACGAAGCCGUGCUGAAAGCGUUGGAGCAACGCUUGAGCUUAGUCCAAGGCCCACCAGGCACUGGGAAGACGCAAGUGGCAUGUGCCAUUCUAGCGGCCUGGGCGAGCAUCCAUGCGCCCAUGGGCGAGAAGAUCCUUGCAGUGGCAGACUCCAAUGUGGCCGCGGAUAACAUUUAUGUGCGCUUGCAAAGGAUGGGAAUUGAUUGCACACGAGUGGGGCAGGGGAAGGAAGUCGAGGGCCUUUCUGGAGAAAGCAUGUAUCGAGAAGUGCAGCGCGCAAAGAUUUUGGUGGCGACCUGCAUUGGCAGCGGCAUGGAGGUUUUGACCAAGACUGCAGGUGAAUUCCGACGAGUGCUGGUGGAUGAAUGCACUCAAGCUUGUGAGCCCUCGGUCCUGGUGCCCUUGGGUCGGCACUGUGAGCAGGUGGUGCUCAUCGGGGACCAUGCGCAGUUACCGGCCACGGUCUUGUCGAAGGCAGCAGCCUCUGACGGCUUGGGCUUGAGCCUUUUCGAGCGAAUGGCUGUGACCAACGGACUGGAGCCCAGUUUGCUUCUGGAGCAGCGGCGGAUGCAUAGCUCCAUCGCCGACUUCCCCAACGAGAUGUUUUAUGCAGGUCAGCUGGUGAACGCUGCGGACGAUGUGGCCCUCGAGGCAGUUCCCGGCUUCCCAUGGCCCAACCCCGACUGUCGCGUCGCCUUCGUGGACGUGGCGUCCUCGAGCGGCCUCGAGGGCCGCCGCGGCUUCUCCGCCUUCAACACGGCGGAGGCAGAGGCUGUGGCUGAAACGUUGGAGAGGAUCAUCAACGCGGGCUAUCCACCGAAUCAGAUCGUGGUUUUGACUGCCUAUCUGGCGCAGAAGCAGGAGCUGCGGCGGGCCAUCGAAAAUCGUGGCCUCGGGCAGUAUUUAAGCUCUUGCCAUGUGGAUACCAUCGAUGGCUACCAGGCGAAUCGGCGAACUGCAGACUGCUAUGGGACCGGACCUUGCCGCUACCGCCGUGGACGGUCUUGGUCUGCUAGAGCUGGUAGUGCUCAGCGGAAAACAAAACGCCAGAUUCCAUCUAUUUGA